AGGGGACCCGAUCGAUCAGCCUCAAUCAAACCCCAAAACCCAGUUAUAUUUUUGUAGAGAAAAUCGGAAAGAGAGCAAUGACAUUGGCGGCAGGGAUCGGGUAUGUGCUGCUAGCGCUCGGGACUUCCCUCGCCCUCUUCGUUACCAUCAUCUCCACUAAACCCUUCUUGAUCCUCACACUUCUUUCUAGUACACUAGUGUGGCUGAUUAGUUUGAUUGUGCUAUCUGGAGUUUGGAGGGUGUUUCUUCCGUUUAAAACAACAGCAUGGUGGCCUUAUUCAAUCCUUAUAUUGACUUCAAUCGCUUUUCAAGAAGGUCUUCGCCUUGUAUUGUGGAGAGGUUACAAGAAGCUGGAAGGUAUAUUGGAUGCAUUUGCCGACAGAGUUGCUAAACCACGCCUAUAUCUUACUGAUAAGAUGCAAAUCGCCCUUGCUGGUGGUCUAGGUCAUGGUGUGGCUCAUGCAGUCUUUUUCUGCCUCAGCCUCUUAUCUCCUUCAUUUGGUCCUGCAACAUUUUACGUUGACAAGUGCUCUUAUGCUCCAUUUUUCCUUAUUUCUGCAGUUAUUUCCCUCGCAUUCGUCACAAUCCACACUUUCUCAAUGGUCAUUGCUUUCAAUGGAUAUGCCAAAGGGAAUAAAAGUGACCAACUGAUUGUUCCCGUCAUUCAUUUAAUUGCUGGAACGUUGAGUCUCGUGAAUCUGGCUUCUGGUGGCUGUGUUGUGGGGAUCCCGCUGCUGUAUGUUGUGGCAUUAUUGACCUUAGCUUACUGUGGUAAGAUGGUUUGGAGGACACUGACAGAAGCUCAAAUCAGGCUUGCUUAUCAAGAUCAAUGAUUGGAUGUAAACAUAACCAGCAAAGCUUUGAGCGUUCAUUCCAUCUUAAUUAUGCCAUAACAUUGCUUGGAAUGGUAGGAUCUCUCUUUUUAUCAAGAGCAAGUAUUGUGAUAUAUAAGUCAAAAAAAUAUAUAAAAAGCUAAUAGAAUAACCAAGGUUCUUGUACAUGAAAUCAAAACAUAUUGAUGACUUGUGAGAACUCUUCACAAUAACGGUGAGUUAGGGAGCGUUUACCAAAUAAGUGUUUACAA